AUUUGUUUUGCAGAGAUCAGCUGUUUGGUACGGUGCGAUGAGACGAGGGCGCCUUGUAUAAAGUAGCCGGGUAACCCUUGUGUCUUUCCUUCAGCCUCGCGCGAUCAGCUGCCUCGCUAGCUCGGCCCCUAAGCUGCAUGCAGAGCGGAGUCUUCACCAAGAAGUCCUCACCCCUGCCAUCCAAAAAAGAAAAAUGAAGCAUCUACAAGUUGUGCUACCCGUCGCGCUAACACUGCAGCUUUUCUUUCUGGCUUGUUUGGCAAGACAGCUGCCGAGCUCCAAGCAGUACAACCCGGCUGAUAACGGGCACCUUAGAGGCGGCAAACCCUUGAGAGGUCCAUCCUCAGAGUCCGGACCAGACACGGGUGGAGACAUUGUUACCGAGGACCACAGCUCGGGACAGACCCCCACGACGACAAGCACAGAUACUGCCGUCCUGAAUAGAACUGCUUCACCUGCAAGGGAACGGGCAGCUAGGUGCGGAGCUUGCGAGAUGCGCGACCACCAGAAGGCCCUACGGAUCGAGUCCAUCAAAGAGCAGAUCCUGAGGAAAUUAAAUCUCAAGUCGGUCCCCAACAUCACCAUGCCACUUCCUAAGAUACCGCCUCUGCAGCAGCUGAUGGGUGGGCAGGACUCAGACAUGAGCGCCAUGCAGGGCGACGCACCUGGUCACGAACAGUUCAGGAUGCCCCACAUGAAUGAUUAUGACUCCACGCCCCACUACGGGGCUACCACCAAAAGGAUUUUCACGUUUGCAAAACCAACACCUCCAGAAUUGCAUUUAGAAGACCCAACAAUAUGCUUCUUCGAUGUCCAAGACAAGACAGAUGGAUACGUAGUCUCAAAGGCCACCUUGUACUUCUACGUUCAACCUGCUAAACUUCUCCAGACUACGGUACACCUGAUGAGCGUGAGCCGGGUGGUCAUGAUGAAGGGCGGUCGGGGAAUGAUCAAGUUGGACACGGUUCGGGAGGAGAAGAUCGUACUGAGCUCAAGACACGGCGAGUGGCAGAGCGUGGAACUGACGGACGUUGUCACAGAGUGGAUUGACAGCCCGGGUACGAAUAAUGGGCUCAAGAUCGAGUUGUAUGAUGAUGGAGGCAACUCGGUGGUCGUGACUGGACUGACGGAUGACGAGGAGACCAAGAAACCCUUCUUACAGCUGAGACUACACGACGCGAGGAGGCGACGCAGCCGGCGAGCAGCGGGCCUUAUCUGCAUGGAGAACCAGCCCGCCGAGCGAUGCUGCCGCUACCCGCUCCGAGUCGUCUUCGCAGACUUUCAGUGGGACUGGAUCCUGAUGCCCAAAGCAUACGAGGCCAACUACUGCUCCGGUCUCUGCCCCAGAAUGCGACUCCAGCAGUACACCCACACCAAAAUCAUGUCCAUGGUCAACCCCCCUCCGGAGGGGUACAUGGGCCCCUGCUGUUCAGCUAGUGAUAUGUCCCCGCUAACGGUGCUCUACUUUGACGACAAUGCUGACAUUAAAUACAGCCUCUUGACCAAUAUGGUAGUAGAAUCAUGUAGCUGUGCCUAAACGGGCAGUGUCCUUAAUCGGACAUGCUACAAAUUAAGGCUUCUUUUCCCUAAGAGCGUGAUGUUCAAUUCCUGGCAGUACUAUCACGACGCGAAUGGAUAUCAAAUAUCCAAACUUGUGCCCAGACGAGCCAAGAAGUCGGCACUACUUUCCGUUAUUUGUUAUGCACCAGUACUGUGAUCCGAUAGCAGUCCUUUCAGUGCAAGAAUUCGCACGUUUUGACGCUACUGCCAAAUUUGAAUAAGCACGGUUUUGGGCAGAUUACAAAUAAAGAGACUUUAAGAGAACUUGCAAGCAAAUUGGAAUGUAGUACAAACUAGUUUGUCGACCAAGUUGUAUGUGGUAUGAAUGUUCGUUUGCUGGUACUAAACGAACACUAAAAGAUAAUGUCAAUAAAGACACUGUUACCUAGGGGCGGCCAUCUUAAUUUUGACAAAACACGAACUAUGAAAAUAUCAGAUUGGUGCCCGAGUGGUCGUGGAAACUAAUCAUAUGGUUUUCAACAACAUCCUUGGGAACUAUACCAAAGAUGGCCGCCUCGUCUUAGCCUGAUGUUAAGCAAAAUAUGGCUUCGUUUUACAAAUUCAAGAAAUAAUCUUACCUAAUUCCUGCUAUUUAUCUUUUGACUGGCGCCCGGCUGCUUCCCCGCAGACAAGUCACGGGGAACUUGAACACCAGUGGUGACGUCAAGCUUGGUAUAGUUUUGCAUGACUACAACCGCGGGUACCAGUCACUUGCCUACAAAAUGGCGAAAUAAAUGUGAUAUUAAAAAUCAUAAUCUAACAAUCUAGCACAGCUGAUAAAACGGCUGUGGGGGGAAUAAUGAUGGACGUAUUCGUGAAUAUAAAAAGUCAUGUUCGUUAGCUGGUUCCAACGAACACUAAAACCAAGCAGGGUCAGCAAAAUAGAACUAUUCAGAUCUAUAUUUUAUUAUUUUUUUAUUUGUGUUCAGAGCAGGUUUGGCAGUUAUUGGUCAGAAAUUGUGUGAUAUAUAGGAAUCAAUAAUAAAAUUGGAACAAUACUUUUGUGGCGGUUUGAGGUUAACAUUUGAUUAUAAAAUAACAAUAAUGAUGUCUUCAAGGUCAUGCUAUUCUGCAAUUCGGUUGGAAUUCGAAUGUUACAUAAUUAUAAUGGACUACUACUGCAGGUGGACGGGCCAUUAAAGCGUUCUUGUACACGAAUUCUAAAGAAGAAAAAUGCGAAAAAAUAAAAGAAUUUCUGUUCUCUUGUAGACUUUAACUCGAUGUCCCAAUAUUAAGUGUUAAUAAGUCGAGUAUAAGCCUUCAGAUUUAUUGAUUUGCUAGUCACGGACAAAAUAUUUUAAAAAAAAAAAGGUCGAGUCCAUUUGUGUUGCCUCUGGGCUUCCGCCAAACUACUAGAAUUAUUCAUAAUAUUCAGAGCGUGCAUAUUGAAAAGCCAGCUUGCUUCAUUGUGGUGUUAUUGAAAGUGUGUGAAUUAUGGCCUAAGCCUCUGUCUGCCCUGAUCCAGCGGCACUAUGUAGCAUGGAUAUGCAUGCCUUUCUAUAGGGCUACCAAAUUUCUGUAAACACUCUUUCUUCCUGUUGCAGUUUUGUGAAAGCCUGUCCGUACCUUUAGUAGAGUUCUCGCUGUAUUUUGCCUUUCAGUGAAUGGAGAAGGUUAUUAGACAAGUACAGAAUAUGCUAAUGGACGUAAACUUAAAUAGGUAACCUCUCGCAGUUUCAUGUUUUACAACUGGAAAAAAAACCCUGAAGAUUGUUGACUACUGCCAGCUUUAUACAGCAGCAUCAAAUUCCUUAAAUCCGGAUAUUAAAAAUGCAUAAUUUUAUUAUUUUUACAUGAAACUUGCGGAAUGCCUUUAACCACCAGAAAUCGCAAUCGACGAAAACUGGUUUUAUUUUCGAGGCUGAAAUCAGAUUCAUAAAAAAAGUAAAUGACAAAUUGUGCAAUCUGUUUAUGCGGUUUCAAGGAGCCCAUAGAAGUACAUUAUAAGGUAAAACUAACAUCAGUAAAAUGUAUAAAAGUGUAUCUUGAACCUUUUUUGUUUCAUAAUAAAGGAGCAAGCCCCUUUCGACAUUAAGUUGUGUAAUAUAUUAACAAGUUAAUUGCUUUUGAAAAUACUGGCAUUCGUCCAUUUUGUGUUUCCACAAAAGAUUAACAAGUUAAAUUUACGGACCGAAAGGGUAUCAAUCCAAAUGUACUCCAAACUCAAUCAAUUAUCAAAUAUUUGAACACCUGUGUUUCACCCGUUUCAUAAAAAGAAGUAAGCGUUCAUAUACACUGUGUAAAAUAAGCAACGGAUUUUUUCCACUCAAACUGCAAAAAAAAGCAGAAAUUAUAAAGUUAUACACAGAUUAGUUUUUUUUUUUUUUUUUAACAACAAUUUAGCACAAAAGAAGACAUUGAACCGGAUUUUGACCUUCGACAGUACUAAACACAAAGCAUAGGCUUAAAAAUCAACACGUUCUUUAUUGAAGUGAGCUUUGGAAAUAUGACACUGAAUUAAAUGUAUGAAGUGAACCAUGAGAACCAUUAUCAGGAAUACUGACUAAAAACCGAUCCGAUAGUUCAGGCAGGGAUCAACAAACUCCGACAGGUGUGAAAAAUCAACCUGUGUUAGGGACUUAAGACCUUGAACUGCAGGAUCAGGUUAGAUCUAAGGCCUGCAGUGGGAUUCAUUAGAUUUUACAAAUUUGGUGCAACCGAUGAUUGAAGAUGAUUAUAUUUCAUCUGCGCGAUAGAGAAUCUGUUGUUUAAAACCACUGUGCAUAUACCAUGCAGUAUUAAGUUCAUUGGCUCCAAGUGUGAUGGGAUGAGAUUACGCCAUGCUGAAUCUAACCCGCGGGUAACUUGAGCAUGGGCAACUGCACUAAAGCAUGGGCCAGUGACUACAGGCGCAUGCGCAUUUUGUUUGCACGUUGGGUAAGUUCAGCACGGGAGGUGAUUUCGCCGAGUGUGUUCUACACAAUAACAUGAUUGGUAUGCAUUAAAUCUCAAAGUUAUUACUUUUCCAAGGUCUUUCAAGGAUAAUUUAGUUGGUUGCUAAUUGUUGGAGCGGCGUAAAGAGCUUUUAUUUAGUAUUAAUAAAGAACAAGCAGACCCAGAGACUGGGUACGAAAAA